AUGCACAAGCUUUGCAAUGCAGAGGAGGACCUACAAAGUGUUUAUGUUCCUGGGGAUGUUGUUAUUGCAGGACUUUUCCCCAUACAUAACACAAACCAUACUUCAAAGUUAUGUGAUUUGAAAAGCUACAACACAGAUGUAUUACUUUACAGUCAAGCAAUGGUUUAUGCCAUUGAGGAGAUAAAUAAUUCCUCUCUUCUUGAAUCCGGAGUAAAAAUUGGAUAUGUGAUGUACGACACCUGUUCAGAUGUUUCCACGGCCCUAACUGCUACUUUAAAGCUCUUGGAAGGACAGACACUUAACAAAGAAAGUUGUUAUGCAUUUAAUAGCAGUUAUACUAAUAGUACAAUCAAGGCUGUUAUAGGGGAAAGAAGUUCUGAAAUUUCAGUUGCUGUGGCUCGUCUGCUUGCACUAACACGCAUGCCACAGAUCAGUUAUGCAUCAACAAGUGAACUUCUGAAGAGCAGAGACAAAUUUCCAUCUUUUUUCCGCACUGUUCCAAAUGACAUGCACCAGGCAAAAGAUAUUGCUAACCUGAUAAAGGAGCUCAAUUUUGUGCCUGUUGGCAUAAUUGGUAGUAAUGAUGAAUAUGGAAAGUAUGGUGCUGAGAGUCUUAGUGAUUUUUUAAAAGAACAUGACAUGUGUGUGGAGUUCAAAGAAAUCAUAAGUGAUCCCUCAAAGGAUGUCGAUAAGCUUGGAAACCUCCUUCAGAAUUCACGUGCUGAAGCCAUUGUGCUAUUCACAAAUGCCGAAAAUGCACAAAUGAUUUUAAAUAAAACAAUUACACUUGGUAUAAAUAGGACAUGGAUAGGAUCUGACGCAUGGUCGACUUCAAAUACUAUGCUGAACUUACCCUAUAUUCCUGGGAGGAUUCUGGGUAUAACCUGCAAAAGAAAUAUGAUGUCUGACUUUGUAACAUAUGUGAAACAAAUCAUAAACCAAACCAGAAUGAGUGAAGGUUUUCUUAAACUGUUAAAUGAUACUUCUGCUACAAUGCCAGUAAAUGAUGGGCAGAACUGUGUUAGUCAAAAGUGUUUAAUGGACUUCAUCGACAAAUAUGAUUCAUAUGAACCUUACACUGUGUACUUGGCAGUAAAGUUUAUCUCUCAUGCUCUUCAAAGCUUGCUUAAGAGUACCAACACCGAUUUUUCACCAAGGCUGCUCACAGACAUAAUCAAAAACUUAACAUUACCAAUGAAUAACAAAACAUUCAGUGAAUAUGGGGAUCUAGAUAUUGGAUAUGACAUUCUGGAAUGGAACAAAGAAAGUAUUUCCACUAUUAAGACACGAACCAAAUGUGAGAAAUGCAACAACUCUAAUGAUUGUGACUUCUUGAAAUGGACGGACAGCAGGAGCAUUACCCUGGGCGUAUUCACCACUAUAGGCUUGCUUAUUACCUUAACUGUUGCUAUCUUGCUCAUAAAGUACGUCAACACUCCUGUAGUGAAAGCCACAGGUGGUUGUCUGUGUGUUCCAACGCUUGUUUCCCUCCUGGGAUGUUUCACUAGUGUUUAUUUUUUCCUAGGUAAGCCUUCCAAUGUCUUAUGCAUGACUGGAAUGCCACUUUUCAAUCUGUCCUUCACUGUGUGUGUGUCCAGUAUCCUAGCAAACCUGCUACAAAUAUAUAUAGGCUUCAGUUUUAAAACAAAGCUUGGUAAUUGGCUGAAGUGGAUCAACCGACCUGCUAUCGUGUUGAUGACUGGUACUAGCGUGCAGGUGGCCUUGUGUACACGUUGGUUGGUGCAAAAUCCACCUGUAAUGCAAGUAAAAACAUAUGUUGAGUGUAGUGAAGGGGGUGUAGGGUACUUUAUUGCUACACUAGUGUACAAUGCUCUUCUCUGCAUAAUUAGCUUUGCAUUUGCAUACAAAGGAAAGCAACUGCCAGACCUGUACAAGAAUGCCAGCUUUAUUAAGAUAAGCAUGUUCAUCUACUUGGUAGUGUGGAUUGUUUUUAUUAAUGUCUUCAUAAAAGAAGAUGACAAGUUUAAGGGAUUUUACAAAGCAUUGGCUAUUUUAGUUUCCAGCUAUGGCAUUUUGAUUUGUCACUUUGCUCCAAAAUGUUACAUUUUGGUUUGGAAAAAAGAACAGAAUGAUGUAAACAAAAUUGCAGAGUACAUUCGGAAAUACUAUGAAAAUAAAGAAAUAUCCGUUUUUACAUGCAGGCAAACUCAAAGUGAUGCAACAUAA